AGAAGAAGAAGAAGAAGAGGCUAACCUCCCAAUUGUUGCUAACACGGAAGGUGUGUGUCUUCACGGGUAGCAUUCAAACUAAAACAGAAAGGUGUUAAUAGCGUCUUUGAAAGCUUUCAGGUUUGGAUCCGAAGUUCUGUGCACUUUUUUCUUGACCUCGUCAUUUACUACUGUCAUGGCUUCAUCCCUGGUUUAUAAAGAUUAUUAUCUUUGUCUAACUUAAGGAAUUGACAUCCGAAGUGUUUGGAUUCGGAUAGGGGCCGUUACCACAACUGUUUGUGAAAGCAAGAGGGUAUCUCACAGUCUGCAGUUGCCCCUAUUGUGUGUCAGCAGUGUUAUCCAGUCAAACAACAUGUCUGACGGCCGGAUCUAUGUUGGAAAUCUCCCUAUGGAUGUCCAGGAGAGAGAUAUAGAGGAUCUCUUCUUCAAAUAUGGAAAAAUCCGGGAAAUAGAAUUGAAGAAUAACAGAGGAACCAUUCCUUUUGCCUUCAUCCGAUUCGAGGAUCCACGGGAUGCUGAGGAUGCUGUCUUUGGAAGGAAUGGAUAUGCAUAUGGGAACUCCAAGCUACGUGUGGAAUAUCCUCGAACCACUGGUGGAAAAACUGGUCCAAUGGGAGGCGGUGGAGGAGGACAGAGAGGAAGGUUUGGACCCCCAACUCGAAGAUCCGAAUUUCGGGUCACAGUGACUGGAUUACCUUCUACUGGGAGCUGGCAGGAUCUGAAGGAUCACAUGCGGGAAGCAGGAGAUGUUUGUUUCGCAGAUGUACAGAGAGACGGAGAGGGUGUAGUGGAGUUUCUCCGUAGAGAGGACAUGGAGUACGCACUACGUCGACUUGACCGGACCGAGUUUCGCUCACAUCAGGGUGAGACCUCGUACAUCCGGGUUUAUGAGGACAGAGGCGGUGCCAACUGGGAUCGUUCACGUUCUCGAUCCAGAUCCCGAGGUCGCUAUUCUCCUCCAUUUUUUAGCAGAGGGUCACCCCCUCGCUACCAGUCGCCUCCACGCCAUCCUAUGUUAAGGAAUAGUCCACCCCCCAGGAGGCACCCACCACCUCACCAUAGCCCACCUCCACGUCAUUACCGAUAGAGGGCUCGUUAUUUACGUAACAAUUAGAGGAAAUACUUUGAAAUUCUGCAUUUUAUCAUUUUUGUUUGUUUUACCUCAGGCAUCCUUGUUGCUAUUUCUGUGUCAAUACAUUCCAUGGCCAGAAAACCCAGAACAGCCUGUCCCUUCUGCAGCCUUAAAGUAAUUUCUGUUUUUUUGUUUUGGUUACCUUAAAGUAGGGUUGGUAAUUUUUAAGUUGAAUCACUGUCUGGCAUCUUGAUGUCUUUCUUGGUACUUUAUUUCUCUGCUGUUCACGAAAACGUUGACAGAAACCUGUUCAAACAUAAUCUUGUGUUGUUGAGAACUGCUUGUCAAAAAUGCCCAGCUAUCAGGCUGAACACCCUUUGCUUUUGGAUAAAAUUUGGUGUCCCACUUCUGCCUUUUAAUUUUUGUUAAUCAUUGGUAAGCAUCUUUACUGUUGCCUGUGAGCCUGUUCUUUGUUAAAUGUGUGAAUCAUUGAGAUGACCUGUAGGUUGAAUAUAAUUUGUAUGUAAUUGCUCUUUUCUUUACCAAUAAAACACAAACUUUUA